AUGCUUCCAAUGAAGCCCGCAUCCGUGGCAGACGCCCCCAGUGAGGAAACAGAGCCAGGCACUCGCCCACUGCCUGAGACACCCGCAAGGGGCAGGCCAGGAGAAAAAUUUAGGGAUGAAUACAAGCCCUCAGCCUUCCUCGUGGACAACAUGGACCUACACUUCGUCUUGGACCCUUCUAUCACCAUUGUGACCGGGACGAUGCUUAUGAGACGCGCUGAAAGAGUACCUUCUUCUGACUUGCUACUGGAUGGAGAAAAUUUGGAGCUUUUGUCUUUACGUGUCAAUGGGGAGGAGAUAGCGGAGGUGGACUCGCAUGAGGGAGAAGAGGAGCAGGCAAACGCACGGCGCGGCUACCAUCUCCUUAAAGACGGCAGUUUGGUCAUCAGCAAAUCGGUGCUCCCCGCAAAGGCUGGAGAGCGCUUCGAAGUUAAAACUCGAGUGUUGAUACACCCCAAUCUUAACUUAAAGCUGAGCGGCUUGUACGUUUCGGGAGACGCUCUUGUCACGCAGUGCGAGGCUGAGGGCUUCAGGAGAAUCACCUUCUCCUUGGACAGACCCGAUGUGCAGGCCAAGUAUAAAGUUCGCCUCGAGGCAGACCGAACGAAGUACCCAGUGCUGCUUAGCAACGGGAAUAAGAUUGAUGAGGGAUCGCUUUCUGGGGACUCUAAUAGGCAUUUUGUUCUGUUCGAGGACCCUCACCCCAAACCAUCUUAUCUCUUUGCUAUCUUGGCGGGCCCAUUCGCAUCCGUUACCGACACCUUUACCACCAAGAGCGGGAACGAGGUGGCCCUUGCAGUGUAUAGCGAGCCCGGUCAGCUGUCCAAGUUAUCCUGGGCAAUGGAAAGCGUGAAGCUGUCCAUGAAGUGGGACGAAGAAACGUACGACAGGGAAUACGAUCUCGACGAGUUUAACGUCGCAUGCGUCUCUGAAUUCAAUGCGGGUGCCAUGGAAAACAAGGGGUUGAACAUCUUCAACUGUUCAAUGCUUCUUGCUGAUAUCAAGACAGCUACAGACAGAGACUUUGAGCGGGUGUUGGCGGUGAUUGGUCAUGAGUACUUCCACAACUGGACUGGUGAUCGCGUGACUGUUCGCGACUGGUUUCAGUUGACGCUAAAAGAGGGGUUGACCGUGUUCCGGGAGCAAUCCUUUAUGGCGUCCAUUAUGUCUGCCGCCGUGCAAAGAAUUCAAUAUGUCGAGAAUCUAAUAUCCAAGCAGUUUGUCGAAGACGCCGGUCCCAUGGCCCACCCCAUCCAGCCAGAGAGUUACAUGGCCGUAGACAACUUUUACACCUCCACUGUUUAUGAUAAGGGCGCGGAGGUUGUUCGCAUGUAUCAGACUCUAUUGGGCCCCGCAGGCUUCAAGAAAGGAAUGGACUUGUAUUUUGAGCGGAACGACGGGCAUGCAGCUACCUGUGAAGACUUUAGGGCAGCCAUGGCCGACGCGAACGACGUGGACCUCUCGCAGUUCGAACUCUGGUAUUCGCAAGCCGGGACUCCUCACUUAGAAGUGACACACGCCCGGUACAAUGCAGAAGAUCAGGUAUUUGAGAUCGGUUUCAGACAGCAUACUCCGCCGACUCCCGGCCAAGAGACGAAAAGACCCCAAGUGAUUCCCAUCAAACUUGGACUUAUAGGCAAAGAGAGCAAAAGGGAUUUGUUACAGCCCACGAUGGUGCUGGAAUUGACAGAAAAUGAGCAGAAAUUCAGAAUAGGCGGCAUUAAUGAGGACUGCCUCCCCUCCAUUCUCCGGAACUUUUCAGCUCCUGUAAAACUCAUUUACCCCCAACAGACUUUCGCGGAGAAGGCGUUUUUGCUGGCCUAUGACACCGACCCAGUUACAAAGUGGAUGGCAGCAAGAGCCCUGGCUACACCAAUUAUUCUCUCAAGGACAAGGCAAGCCCUAACAGAUGAGGCUGCAGACAAGUUCGAGGAAUUGCCUGAAGAUUAUAUUAAAGCUCUUAGAAUGAUUCUUCAGGACCAGGCCACGGACCACGCUCUCAAGGCGAUGAUGCUCCAGUUGCCAGAUUGGAGCUCCUUGGCUGCUGAGUUGAAGCCAUUAGACCCCGAGGCUUUGUACAGAGCACUUCGGUCUGUGCGCAUGGAUUUGUAUAAUGUCUUGCACGAGGACAUGCUUGCAUUGUACACUCAGCUGACCAUUCCUGAAAACCAAGAAGACGGAGUUUCACCAAAAGAGUUCAGCAGAAGAAAACUAAGAAAUUCUCUGCUUCUUCUACUCUCAGAGCCUAGGAACCAAUUGGCAUCAGAGAGGGCCUUCCAGCACUUCACGAGCGCUAGAUGCAUGAGCGACAAAUACUCGGCACUACUUGCGCUUGCCAGUAUGCCUACGGCGGAAAGGGAAACAGCCUUUUCCAGGUUCUUCGAUGAGGCACACGGUGACGCCCUCGUGUUGGACAAGUGGUUCAAAGCCCAAGCACUGUCCGACCUCCCUGAUGAGGUUGAAAGGGUCUCAGCACUAUUGCGACAUCCCUCUUUUUCUUACACCAAACCAAACAGGUUUCGCUCGCUGGUGUUAACUUUCGCAAAUUUUAACUACAGGCACUUCCAUCGCCUCGACGGAAAGGGCUAUGAGCUUCUGGCUGAUGUAAUACUUACGGUUGAUAAAUUCAAUCCUCUUGCUGCUGCUCGCGGGGCCAAGUUGUUUUUGCAGUGGAGGAAGCUUGGCCCGGAACGGCAGGAGCUGGUGGCGAACCAGCUCAAGAGAAUCCUCGGUGAACAAGGGCUCUCAGACAAUGUUAGGGAAAUCGUUGCCAAAGCCCUGGAACAACCACCAGCUACAAGCAGUGAAGGUACAAAGAAUAAUUAUACUAUUACAGACAACGAGGAGAUAUACGAUGCCGAAGUAGAUGAUCAGAUAACCAGGAGUGAGUCGGCAGAGGACUAUGUUCCAGACGAGCCAGCUGUGUUUUCUUCUGAAGCUUUCGACUUUCUUGAGGAGUCCGAAUUUCUGUAUGAUGGAAGUACAGGAUAUGCUGACCCAUACAGUGUACCAGAAGAGUAG